UUUGAAUUUUAGUUUAUAGAUUUUAAAUUUUUGUUUUUUUAUUUUGCGUACAUUUUAUUCAAAAAAUGUACUAAUUCAAAACCUUAAAUUUUGGUCGUCCGGUUUCUGGGUCUGGGCCGAGGGCCCAUUUAGUAUUUUGUUUAGCCCGUAGUCUCUUGUACUUUAAGCCGUUUUUUGUUGUAUUCGGGCUUCAGCCGAUUACUGGGCUUGGUCCGUUUAUUUAAUAAUAAAAAAAAGCAUUGGCGGAAAAAAAAGUAACCUUAAAUUUUGGUUUAUGUUUUUCAAACUAAAAUAAUAAAAUAUUUAUUUUAAAACAAUAAAAUAUAAAAUAUUAUUAUUAUGACCAUAAAUAAAUAAAAUUAUAUUACCAGUUUAUUUAAAAAUAUAUUCUAAAAUAAAAAUAAAAAUAAUAGCAAUAUUUGAAGAUAAAUUUAAUUUAUUAUCUCCCGGAAAAUAUACAAUUAAUUCAACUACUAUUUUAUUUAUUUUAAUUCUUCGCUGAUGUGGUGAAUAGAACAGUAGUUAAUGAAACCAAUAUUUUACCGCAAAAGCUCCUCCAGAAUUCACGCCUGAUUGUCCACACAGACAGACAGACAUCAAAGGGCCCCCACAUCAAAGUGCGUGUAAUUUGAAUCUGAACUUACUUCCUUUCUUCUUCAUUCUCACACCUCUCUGCUAACAUGUGGGCAUUCAUCAGUUUCGCAUUUUUGGGAUCAAACUUUUCAUCCUGAAUGCUUCUUUUGUUGGUUUCGUAUUGGAAAAUUUUAUUCAAAAAAAAAAAUCUUUGAUCUGGGUUUGUUUCAAUUAAAGCUGAGAUUAUUUUUUUCCUUUUUUGGGUGUUGAUAAAAAAACUGGCUAGACUACAAGCGAUCCUAAAAUACCACCACAAGCUACCAAGACCGAGAAGAAGCAUGUCUCCACCAGGAAACGGACCAAUGGUCCCAAUACUAGGCUUCCUUACAUGCGUUGCGUUUCUCUAUCUCUCCUUCGGAGAUUUGUGGCUCGAUUACAACAGGGAGGCGGAGCUAGGGUUCGUGAGCCGGAACGGGACACAGUUCGUGUUGGAUGGUAAGCCUCUGUAUGUGAACGGGUGGAACUCGUACUGGUUCAUGGACCACGCCGUCAAUGAUCAUAGCAGGCACCGUGUCGGUGCAAUGCUCGAAGCUGGAUCCAAAAUGGGCCUCACUGUUUGCAGAACCUGGGCCUUCAAUGAUGGUGGCUACAACGCUCUCCAGAUCUCUCCUGGCAGAUUCGAUGAACGUGUCUUCAAGGCAUUGGAUCAUGUAAUCGCAGAGGCGAAAACACACGGUGUUAGGUUGCUUCUUAGCUUAGUGAAUAACCUACAAAACUAUGGAGGGAAGACUCAGUACGUUAACUGGGCAUGGCAAGAAGGUGUUGGCCUCAGCUCCUCCAAUGAUUCAUUCUUCUUUGACCCAUCUAUCCGCAGAUACUUCAAGAAUUACCUCACUGUGCUGCUGACUCGCAAGAACUCGAUAACGGGGAUAGAGUACAGAAACGACCCUACAAUAUUUGCGUGGGAGUUGAUAAACGAGCCUCGGUGCUUGACCGAUAUCUCUGGGGAUACUCUCCAAGACUGGAUUAACGAAAUGACAGCAUUUAUUAAAUCGAUUGACAAGAAGCAUCUUCUAACAGUAGGCUUGGAAGGUUUCUACGGCCCCAAGAGCCCAAAACGGCUGACGGUAAACCCGGAAAGGUGGGCCUCUGAGCUUGGUUCAGAUUUUGUUAGAAACUCUGAGUCCCCAAACAUUGAUUUUGCAUCGGUUCAUAUCUACCCUGAUCACUGGUUCCACGAUCAGGGGUUUGAAGAAAACCUAAGGUUUGCGGUGAAAUGGAUGCAGUCUCAUAUGGAAGACGGGGACAAGGAACUGAAGAAGCCUGUUCUCUUCACGGAGUUCGGGCUCUCGAAUAUGAACAAGGACUAUGAGCCAUCGCAGCGUGACCGGUUCUACAGAACAAUAUUUGAUGUGGUAUACAAAUCAGCCAAGCGGAAGAGGUCUGGGGCAGGGACAUUGGUGUGGCAGUUUUUGAUACAAGGCAUGGAAGGGUUCAACGAUGAGUUUGGGAUAGUGCCUUGGGAGAAAGAUUCGAUACAGAGACUAAUGAUGGAGCAGUCUUGCAGAUUGGGUCGGGUGACAGGACGCCUUCUUCAGGACAAGAAGGCGACAGAGAUAUGUUCCAACAAACCAUGAUCAUGAUCAUGAUCAUGAGAGAAGUACACUUAACUAUACAAAAGUAGAACGCUUGAGAUUAAUUUACUUGGGGUUUCAGGUCGAUAUCAAUUACAAAUUUGUAAUAUUUAUCCUCGUAACAUUUUAUUUAAUUAUUCUAACUUUGGCCCCGAUCAUUUUGAGGUAUACAUCUUGUGCUUUUCCAUUUUGUAUUUGCGGGGAUAUCUAGUCUGCACUGAAGAGCUUCUUCUGGCUGUUGGGGGUAGGAAACUUGUAUUAUACUGUAGUUGUAUUGGUUACAGGAAAUAAAAGGGCUGAUGAUAGUUGGAUGUGAGAGAAUAUGGUGAGCCAAGGAAGCUUAUUUUGGGACCUGUUGGCACAGAGUUCUAAGUAAGAUGGAUACUAACCUCUAUUUUACACAAAAGCGUAAUGAUGAUCAAUUCAUCCAUGAUAAAACGAAAGAGGAGAAUGUUUGUUUUUAGAGAAUGUCACACAGAUCUUAUGAAUGGAGCAUGUUCUUGAGAUGUGUUAACAAGAUUUCAAGAGGACAAGAAUACAUGAUUAUUAUAGUUCUUGGUUCUAAAAACUCUCAUAUUAGAAGUGUACAGUUUGAAGUUGGAGAAGAGAAUAAAUACAUUAUAUAUUGCUUGCAGUUAGUCUCUAGGUACAUACAAUCCACGCUCGAAUUUAAAUAAUUUCGGCAAAUAAAUGCUCCAUAGACACAAAUUUGAGAUGAAGGCAACAACGCACCUACAGCGAAAAGUAGGUAUCAACCAUAAGAAGUCCUAACAAAACUUUUCUUUUGGGAAAAAUAUUUAACAAAAUAUGUGGAAAGUCUCUAAGAUCAAACUCGAAGUAAUAAAAUCAAAACAAUAAAGCAAGAUUUGAUGAUUGGGCUUCAGAAGAGUUUAUCAUUCAAUCAGUUGCUCAAAGCCUAUAGCUUUGAUCAGGCAAUGUAGGCAAAGAUAUGAUUCAUCAUCACCAGCCUCUUUCAAGAAGAGCAGAAAUACAACUGUAACUCUCUUCUAAGAAAACAAAACUAAGUAAGCCUCAGAAUGGAAUUAUUUUAACUAGAUAUCAUUGGAUUAUCAGACAAUGUAGGCAAAAAUUUUGAAACAUCAUAUGCCUGAGAAAGAUCCUAUAAAUUAUUAUGACCCUUGAUAAAAAAAAAAAAAGAUGAAUGAGCCUCAGAGUGAAUAUAAGAUUCAAGUUUCCAUUUCAUGGUAAAUCAAACAAUGUAGGCAAACUUUUUCAAUCAUCACCGGCUCAAUCAUCUAAAAACCAAAAGUUUCCCAACAGAUUUUGAUAUGAAUACAUAUAAGAAAGCUCAUAUUAGUAGAAUCAUCAUCAAUAUCACCAUCUUUAUGAGCUGGACUCGAUCAACAAAAGCAUAUAACUGAAAGAAAAAUAAUAAGAAAACAAACAAAUAAACAAAUCUUUGCUAGUGAUAGCGAGACAUGUAACUAAAACGCUCAGAAAAACUUUAUCAAUGAUUUUGUGUGUGUUUUCUCUCCGCCACCAUAGAAUUUGUCCUCUUUUUUACUCUCAUCUAAAACCCUAGGAUCCCCUUCCUUAUAUGCUUGCAACUGUGUGUUAGCGAUGGGUAGAGGCCCAUAUGUUGGCCCAUUAAAGCUUUAUAUUGCCCAUCCAACGUUUUGAAAUUGUUGUUUGUUUUAUAGUUUAGUCCAUUUGCUUAAAGUUUGAUUGAAAUUCUAGGUAGUCCUUGUCUUUCAAUUUCUUUCUUUGAACUAAAAUGGAUGGAGAAGUUUUAUAAUUUUCAAAUAUCGUCGUUUUCCUUUUUGUCAAACAGAACAUAGUUAUUUCAUAGUUCAAACAAUGAAUAACUAGAUGUGUUAAUUCUUGUAGAGGAUUAAGAGUAGAUCUCAUUGUAUACAUUGAUGAAUAAGAAGGUUGUUGACAUCCAAUCAAAAUAGGUAAUUAGGGGGGAGAAUAAAAGGAAAAGACUUGGAUAAAUGCAAAACCCACAAAAGUAUGAAGAAGACAAAACUUUUAGUGUACAUAAUUUAAAAAAAAAAAAAACACAAGAUGCAGAGAUGGAUGAGAAAAAGAGGAAGGAAA